UGCCGGCGGCGGCGGCGGCCGGCCCGCCGUUGUUCCCGCCCGUCGGCAUGUGGAGAGCGGUGGCCGCCGCUUCGGCCCCGGCGCGGGCCCUGCGCCGCUCCGCGCCGUCCCGGCGGGCCGUGAGCGUGGCCGUGUCCCCCACCGCCGGGCUGGCGGACGAGCGGGUGGAGACGCGGGUGGCGGGGCUGGGGCCGGGGCAGGCGGUGACCCUGCGGGCGGUGGCGGCCGAUGAGCGCGGCUGCCUCUUCCAGUCGUGCGCGCAUUACCGGGCGGACGGCCGCGGGCAGCUGCACCUGGGCACGGACGCCUCGCACGGCGGGGACUACACUGGCGUGGAGCCCAUGGGGCUCUUCUGGAGCCUCGCCCCCGCCGGCAUGGAGAGGCCGUACCAGCGACUCGUUCCCCGCAGCACCGGCACCCCGAUGAAGGUGGAGAUGCUGGUGCACCGGGGCCACAGCCUGCCCGGCACCAUCCCCGGACCGGUGGUGGCCAAGGCCGAAGUGGAGAGGUGGUUCACGCUCCCCGGCGUGCGGAGGAUCCGGCUGAAGGAGGGAGGCGUGAGGGGCUCCCUCUUCCUGCCGCCGGGGGAUGGCCCCUUUCCAGGAGUGAUUGACAUGUAUGGUGAUGAAGGAGGUUUGAUUGAAUUUAGAUCCAGUCUCCUGGCUACCCGUGGUUUUGCUGCUCUUUCUCUGCCAUAUUUUGACUUUGAAGAUCUGCCUAAGGUCAUGAAAGAAUUAAAUCUUGAGUACUUUGAGGAGGCAGCUAGAUUCCUACAGCGUCACCCAAAGGCAAAAGCAACAACUAUCAAAGAAGCUCUAGCCAAAUGGGAAGAAAAAAAUGGCCAGAAGGCUUCAGAGGCGAAGGAGGUGAAACUGUACGGUCAGAUUCCUCCUGUAGAAAGGAUGGAUGAAUCUCUCUCCACGCUUGUUAACUGCGAGAAACUGUCGCUGUCUACAAACUGCAUUGAAAGAAUCGCCAACUUGAACAGCCUAAAAAAUUUGAGGAUUCUGUCUUUGGGAAGAAAUAACAUAAAGAACUUGAAUGGAUUGGAGGCAGUUGCAGAUACUUUAGAGGAGCUGUGGAUCUCAUACAACUUCAUUGAGAAACUGAGGGGUAUCCGUGUAAUGAAGAAGCUGAAGGUUCUUUAUAUGUCAAAUAAUUUGGUGAAAGACUGGGCAGAGUUUGUGAGACUGGCAGAGCUGCCAUUACUAGAGGAUCUGGUGUUUGUAGGCAAUCCACUACAAGAGAAAUACGCCUCUGAUCAGAAGAACAAUUGGAUUGAAGAAGCAACCAAACGGGUACCCAUGCUGAAAAAGCUGGAUGGUAUCCUAGUUAUUAAACAAGAAGAAGAUGAAGAAACAGCAAACUGAUGCCACUUUCUUGUUGGGUAUUUAAUUAUUUAAGUAACUCCAGAUAGCUCGGAACAUAGAACUUUUAUAUAAAAUGUCUGUUUUGAAGAAAAUCUUCGGGCGAUUUUUAAAAGACCAGCUUAUUGCCACAGUCUCUCACCCAAAGAGGUAGCUACCAAAAUUUGGGCAUACCAAUUUUGUCAAGCUUAUGACACCUUCUGUAGCGGACCAGUGGAACUGAAUCUAUCUGCUGUUUGACUAGCAAGAGAUCUUUACCUAAACUAAUACAUAGCUAUUUUUAAUCUCUGAUUAGUGGUGCUUGUUGUUCACUCUUGGGUUAAAAUACAACCAUUUUAGCUUGUUAGGUGCAGCUGGCCAACAUUAUAAUUGGAAACACUGAGGCCAAAAGAACAACGUUGUGAUUUAGAGACACAUUACAGGCUUUGUUGUGUUUAAUUUUGUCAUGGGAAUCCCUCAGUAUUUUAAAUAUGUGAGUUUGCCUUUUCAUCCCCUUAACUGUUAUGCCAAACAGGCCCAGUAGUUGUGGACCUACGCACAAAAAAGGUAUUGGUUAGAUCAUCACUUGUUACUGGCCUUAAGUUUUGAAUUGGGCUUCUCGCGUUGGAACUCAACUGCAUUGCUUAGAAGGCCAUGUGUAACAUAUAUUUAUUUAUUUUAAAGAGGCAAUGGGAAUUCUUUGCAUGGUUUCAGUGAGACUAAAUAUCUGCUAGUUUUUUGUUUUUUUGUCUCUUACUAAGAAAUUAUUUUAGAUUGGACUAUGUGGCCUGUUAGCCUACAGCUGGUUCCUAGUUUUGGUUUGGGUCACUGGUGGACAUAAUCCUUCUCAGCUCUGGAACUUUCCUAUAACUAAGUAGGCUGAUACUAAUACAGAAACAAACAGUGAAGAAAAGACCUGGGCUUGAGGACAAAAAAUUUUGGUUUGGGGGGAUACUCAUUUUAUAUGAAAGCACAGAUGUAAGCAGUGAGAGAAAGCGUAUGUAGUUAGUGGGGAAGGUGAGAUGAGAUGGAAAGUGGACACUGGAAAAUAAAGUAUUGAAGGUGUAUUAGAUGUGCUGUAUUGCAGGGUGACCAGUUUUAGUAAAGCCCCCUUAUGUGACAGGUAACUAUUUUUAGGACAAGCAUUAAGCAAUGAUGAAGACUUACCUGAUUGCACUGUUGGAUGACAGUAGUGGGUUUUUUUCUUCUUCUCUUUAGAGAAUAGAUCGAGUCACCUGAGGAGAUUUUUCUGCAGCUCUGUUUUGUUUCUUUAGAAGCUUUUCUUCUAAUUCGUGGCACCAUCUUUGUUUAAGUUCAAAAGGUGAUAAGUGUACCCACUGGUUCCAGACCAGGCAUAGAAGGGAUGCAGGCAGAAUGCCACUCUUAAUUAUUUUGUUUGUGAAGGUGUGGCAGGAGUUGAAAUCUUGGAAGUCAUGGUCAGAGAUAAAAAGGUAGAAUUGGCCCAGGCAACAGUGCUGUUGAUCUCAAGCUCCAGGUAGAGUUGUAGUAGAAGAUAUUAUCUCUCUAAUAAAUUUCUAACUGAACAGGGUGAAGUAGAAGAUUACGAGACAAUCAGAGUUUAGUUUCAAUAUAUUGCUAGUUAUUCUAUGAUUGUUAGAGAAAUUCUUAGGCAUUCCAACUUAAAUUGGCAAUUGCUGAUAAGGCUUGAGUUUGAUUUAAGUCAGUUACUUAACAUAAGGUCAAGAGAGCAAUGGCAAAAACUGUGGACAUUCUUCACCUAGCACAAGCUACUUCCAGGCAGCUGUUCUCGACCCGACAGCAGUUUCUUAGUUAACUAGCUCGCUGGAUUUAUCUUGGACAACCUUCUAUUCGUAUGUAAUUUUUUUUAGAAUUAUUCUCCUAGCUCUAACAUGAGAAAAGGCACCGCUGACCAAGAAGCACGAUGGGAGAGAGGGUAUCUAGUCAACAGCUAUUUCAUACCGGCUUCUUCUAAACCUAAGCCCUUCUGUCCACGCAGCAAAGCGGCUGUGCCUCAGCACUACGGAGCUGCCGUGGUGGGGCAAGAGGGGGACUGGCUUGUGCCCUUAGCGACUGUAAUUAAAGUGUGGCUAAUGCAAGCCAGAGCUCGAGUGGAGCAAAACUUGACUUCUGAAUACUACCAACAGCUGGAAAAGCCAAAUGCAUCUGUGUGUUUGGAGACAUUUUCGGAAUAGACCAUGCAGUGCUCUUGUCCUGGCACUCGGCUGCAAAGAAAAGUGUUUGACCCUCAGCAGCUGGUCUCUCCUAGCACAGCAGCUACAACUACGGUACGUAGGGCCAGGCUGGCUCCUCAGCUGAAAUGCCGCAGGGGAAAGGGAGCCAUGAGAGCACAGUCCAGUGCCAAGUAAGCCUGCUGGUUCGGUUUUUAAUAUCUAAAAUUGGUCUAAGUGUACAAUUCUGAAGGUUGUGUUAGACACAGCAAAUAUUCUAUGCUUUAGCUAUUUUAGGACAUUCUGAGAGCAGAACAGAAACUUAAGUGUUCCGACUAGGUGGUGAUGACUGGGACAAAGCACAGCUCCAUUGACAAGACAUCAGGGAUAGGAGCAGCUCCUGGCUCUUGUCAGUGACCCGUUCAGGCUGUACCGAUGGGACUCAGGCCAAGAACUGGUGUGGGUUUCGGUAGGGCUGUGGGUAUUGCGUGCCCCACUGCCAUCAGCUCUUUUCACAGAUUAAACGGCACAAAUUCUUUAGCUCUUUUUUGGGGGGCUGCUUUAUAAUUAUCACCAAAAAAGGGAAAAAAAAGAGAAAUUAAUUCUUGAAGGAACAAAGCAUCCAGUCUCAGCACAAUUAUAACAGAGUAAAGGACACUUACAAGAUUUCCCUUGCCUUUCACCCUUCAUCCUGUGAUAAAUUAGCAUAUAAUUUUAAACCCUUCUGAUAAAAACUGUGUGUCAAUCUCUGUGAAACAAUAGAGUAAGAAAGAAUAAACUGUGGCUCUCAUUUGUCAGGAGAUACUUCAGCUCAAAGCUGGGUGGAAGGUUCAUGUUAAUCUUGCUUUGCCUGGUGAAUUAUGAUUAGUCUCAAGGACAAAUCAACCUGCCCCCAACUUUUUCUCCUCUAACAUAAGUAAAGUUUUCCUGAAUUCUAAAAUUUGCACUUUAAAAUUAUGCACUGGAUGUGGUGGAAGACAUAGACAGGUGGUAGAAUUAAAGCAGCUGAUUUGCGUAUCAGUGGUGCUGCACCACAUCACGUGUAAGCUCACAGCAAAACUCGGCCGGCACGCCCCCGGGGAGCGGCUGAGGAAAAGGUUGAAAGGCUUGUCUUUGUUACCCUUUGCUCUUGCCUAUCACACCACAUCCAACAAAGUAGUAAGCACAUUAUUAUUCAUGGAUGAAAAGAGCACCCAUGUAAAACUUGCAAGCCAUGUGGAAUUCUGCUUUUCCCAGUGAAAUUAUGGAGGAUUAGCAUCCACUUUAUUCCUUAGAGAGAUAUCCUAAAAUUAAGUUAAUGAUAGGAAAUAGCUAGGUUUUUUUACUUACUUGUUAGCACACUGACCUCUUCAAAGAGCUGAUGUAUGCAGUGAUUAUAUUAAGAACUUCUGGAAAAAUGUGAGAAGAGACCUGAGAACCAGCAGAUGACUCAGGUUACACUAGAAGUAAACUCAUCUAGAAAAAUCUUCAAGCAAGAGAGCACUUUUAACAUCCCCUUUGGCUACCUUUUGUAUACAGUAAUUUUGUAGCGUGACCCAGCUGUUAAGUUUGCUGUGUUUAAAUUAUUUAGGCCAUGUUUAUAAAUGUUAAUUCGUGAAACUUGUUUAAAAAUAAUAUAACAUUAUUUUAUACAAA